AAAACUUAACGUAUUACACCAAUCAUACAAUAAGGAAUAAAGCCUGCACCCCUUCUCGACCGUUAAACUACGAACACCAACGGUUCAGAUCCCACAAGGAUCUUGUUUCUCUCUCUGUCUUCAUAAAACUCUUCCCUCGUUGUUACCUAAACAUUAGUUCAAACUCUCUCUCUCUCUCUCUCUCUCUCUCUCUCUCUCUCUCUCUCUCUGCUGUUAUAUUAAAGUUCGCAAUGGCUUUUCGGUGUUAGUAAGAGGCGAAAAUGGUGAGGGGCAGCAUUGGAAUUUUAAAGACACUGGCGGUGUUGUUUCUUGCAGUAUGGCAAACGGCGGCGUAUAGGGAGCUGAGCCGGCAGCCGCAGCAGGAGCAGGAGCAGCAACAACAACACCGGAAUGCUUACGCCGCGAUGAUGUACAUGGGGACGCCGAGGGACUACGAGUUCUAUGUUGCCACACGUGUCAUGAUCAGAUCACUCGUCAAGCUCAACGUGAAGGCGGAUCUCGUCGUCAUUGCCUCGCCGGACGUUCCACUCCGAUGGGUCCAAGCCAUGGAACAGGAAGAUGGGGCAAAGGUGGUGAGAGUGGAAAAUCUGAACAAUCCAUACAAGGAUCAGCACAAUUUUGAUAAAAGAUUCAAGUUAACCCUGAACAAGCUCUAUGCAUGGAGCCUAGUGCAGUAUGACAGGGUGGUCAUGCUCGAUUCAGACAAUCUCUUUCUCCAAAAUACUGAUGAGCUCUUCCAAUGUGGUCAAUUUUGUGCUGCUUUCAUUAAUCCUUGCAUCUUUCACACUGGCCUCUUUGUGUUGCAGCCAUCAAUGGAAGUGUUCAAGGACAUGCUCCAUCAGUUGGGUAUUGGGAAAGACAAUCCUGAUGGUGCUGACCAGGGUUUUAUUGGUGGUUACUUCCCUGACUUGCUUAGUCAGCCCUUAUUCCAUCAACCUCCUGAUGGCUCCAAGCUUAAUGGAACCUACAGACUUUCUUUGGGAUAUCAAAUGGAUGCUUCUUAUUACUAUCUUCGACUACACUGGAGCGUACCCUGCGGACCUAACAGCGUGAUUACUUUCCCUGGUGCACCAUGGUUGAAGCCAUGGUAUUGGUGGUCGUGGCCUGUGCUUCCAUUGGGCAUUUCGUGGCAUAAACAACGUCAUAAUACUCUCGGGUAUGGUGCAGAGAUGCCUGUGUUCGUUUUCCAGGUCUUCAUACUUUUUGGAAUACUAGCAAUGACACGACUAGCACGCCCCAACAUGUCAAAAUUGUGCUAUAAGCGCUCGGACAAGGGCAUAAUACACACAGCCCUUAAGCUAAUAGCUAUGUUAUCCAUUCUAGCUGCUUACACAGUACCUUUCUUGGUCAUUCCUCACACGAUUCAUCCAAUAUUAGGCUGGAGUCUAUAUUUCCUAGCUUCUUUCACUCUCUGCUUCAUUGCAAUCAAUGCAUUUUCGCUACCAAUGCUGCCUGUAUUAGUACCGUGGAUUGGCAUUUUCGGUGUCCUUUUGGUCAUGGUCUGUCCUUGGUUUCCAAACGGUGUUGUAAGAGCUCUCUCAGUGUUUCUCUAUGCAUUCUGUGCAGCACCAUUCUUAUGGGUGGCCAUCGUGAAGAUCAUGACAUCUCUUCAAGCUUCACUUGAAAGGGAAGCAUAUUUUCCUAAAAUUGGGUGAAUCCUCUCCUAGGGUCUGAAGUUUGAACAUUGAUAAGGCAUUUACAGGUCCUAGCAAGAUACUGCUAGAACUGGAAGAGGAAGACAAGUUUCAGUCAGAUGUAGCAACUUCGUUGGAAGUUUGUCAACUUUGGGGAUGAGGCAGAAUGAGUAAAAUGGAAGCAGCGAUUUUGCAUAAUUUUCCGUGGCCUUUGUACUAAAAAUCGCAUUGGUAUUAGUUUGAACCGAACAGCAAGGGACUGGCACAAGGAAAACCAUCUGUAUUUAUACCAAAUUGCUAUUAUUUGAUUUUGGCUUUAUAUGGU